AUGGGCAAGAGGCUCCUCCUUCCCCUGUUUCUCCUAUUUAUCGCUAUUUUUUCGGUUGCAUCGACGCUCGAGCUCGAUUACGAGGAGGGACACGAAGUGGUGGCGCGCAUUGCGGCACACGACGUGCAGGCAAAGAGCAACAUCAUCAAGGAGCUUGUGGAUUUGGGCUUCGGUCCCGAAUGCCCCAAAUCGAAUCAGUCCUAUGUCGAAGUGAAGCUUCCCGAGAUCGAACUGAUGAAGCUGCAGCACCUGGCUUCCAAUCUCACCAUUGUGGAGGACCCUACAAGAGAGGAAUUCCUUCGAUUCCUUGAGAGCAGCCGUUCGAGGGGAAAGAGAGGGGAGCGAGCGAUCGAUCCUAAUGAUCUCUACAAGCACUACCACGAUCAGAACCAGAUCUCGAACUUCCUUGAUGAGAUCGUGCUCAAGUGCCCGAACAUCGCGCGCAAGUACUCCAUUGGCAAGACAUUCCUCGGCGCCGAGCUCUGGGCCAUUCGCAUCACCGACAACCCUGAGGUGAACGAGGUCGGGGAGGUGGAGUUCCAGUACAUCGCCAACAUGCACGGCGACGAGGUCGUGGGUCGUGAGCUGUCGCUCUACUUCAUCUACCACCUCUGCGACCAGUACCACCAGCCGCGCAUCAAGGCCAUCGUCGACAACACCGACAUUCACAUCUUGCCCACCAUGAACCCUGAUGGCUUUGCCGGCGGACGACGUGCCAACGGCCGCCGCAAGGAUCUGAACAGAAACUUCCCUGAUCAGUUCGACCCCACCACCUGGGGCCGCCCUAACCCGGUCUCCCCGCUCCCCCCGCUCGGCACCGGCUCUGGCGCCUUCGUCGCGCCGGUCGGCAACUUCGAGCCCGAGGUCGUCGCCGUGAUGCAGUGGAUGGGCGACCACAACUUUGCCCUCGCCGCCAACUACCACGGUGGGUCGGUCGUGGCCAACUACCCCUUCGACGGCAAUCGCCAGCGGGAAAGCGGCCGAUACGCCCCUUCUCCCGACGACCUCCUCUACAGGCAAUUGGCUCGCGUCUACGCAGCCAACAGUCAGACGAUGUCUGGGUCGCGCGAGUUCCCGAGCGGCAUCACCAACGGCGCCGACUGGUACGUGCUCUACGGCGGCAUGCAGGACUAUGCCUACCUGUGGCACGGCACCCUGCACAUCACCGUCGAGCUCUCCGACGAGAAGUGGCCGGCCAAGGAGACGCUGAUCUCGUUCUGGAACGACAACCGCGAGUCGAUGCUGGCCUACCUCGAGCAGACUAAGUACCGCGUGUGGGGCGUCGUCACCGACUGCGCCACCAAGGCGCCAAUCACCGUCGGCACCGUCAUCGUCGAGGCCGAGUCGUGCCACUCCGCCAACUGCCGCAUGCAGGCCGUCAAGCUCGACCGUGAGACGGGCGACUACCACCGCAUCAUGCCGCGGCCGUCCGCCACCACCAACUAUGUCUUCACCGCGUCGAGCUCUGGCUACGCGCCCGUUUCCCACAGCGUGGCCGUGGGUCCCAGCACCGCGCUGCCGCAUCGCCUCGACUUCUGCCUCAACAAGGCGAGCUAA